AUGACCUUCUCAAAUAUCAUACCAAGUGUUCCAUCAGUGACUAGAUCUGAGCUCAACGCCAUGCAGAACUUGACAUUUUUCGACACAGUUUGCCUGCUGCCAGCACGACUGCAGCCUUAUUCAGCUGUCAUUUUAUCGGAGUUUGAGCCACAGUUGACCCUUGCAUGGUACUGCAACGUUCCUUCAGUUUGGUCUUCUUUAUAUGUUAUAUUUCUUCCGCUACGAUUAAAUCAAAGAGUCCAAUUUAAUUAUCCAUUAAAUAUCCUCGGGCCCUGCACGUUAAUCCGAUUUCCUGCAAACCCCGGAUUUUCUGUUUGA